UUACCGCUACCACAGUGGAGGUUGGGUUGAGGCGCUAAGGAACCCGAAUAGCUUCAUCGCACAAAGGAAGCGGUGAGCGGCAGCGCUUUGAAUGGAAGUCAGCGCUGGUUGCCAUAAAUUUAGUAAAUCAGUUCAUCCAAUUAGCAAAAGGCAACAAAAUUGAUAAAUAGAGGCGGCAAGCGGGCAAAGAAGCGCACUAAGCGCCGAGUACUAAAGAAGAAAUGAUAACAAUAACAGAAUAAAAGCGCAAAAAAUGUGUGCAAAAUAAUAAAAAGCUGACUGCCGCGCAAAUAUUUCGACAACAAAGCUGCAAAAUCAACAAAGAAGAAACGCCAGUGCUCGCCUGUGAAUUAUGUGUCUUCGCUUACAUGCCAUGUAUACGCAUGUGUGUGUGUGCCAUGUGGCAAGAAAACAUCUGCCAAGUUGCGCGCAAUACCAGGCGUUGAAUGAAUCGCCGAAGCGCUUCUUGGCCUCUGCGUUUUUGGCCACUCUACACAUUGCCUUUCCAAGCCAAGACCCGAAAGCGCUGCCGCAGCACGCGCACAUCCUUGUACACAGUCAACAGCUGCCGUGAAUUUGUCGUGACAACAAGCAUUGGCAGGACGCAUCAUCGCUGCCAUAUAUCCUCUCACGUUGUCGGCAUGUCUUCGUACUUUGUUGCCAAUGGCGAUUCAGCUACAACAUUGCAUCACAUACUCAGGACCCCCGGCUCAUUCACCGGGCAAUCUCAACAAAGUGCUAACAAACUUUUCGGCAUUUCAGCUAUUUCGAGUCGGUGAAAAGAGUUCCGCCACGAAUUCAGCAUUUCCGUUUGACAAAUGAAAUGAAGUCAAAUGAUGCACUGCAGCAAAAGCUAUGAAGAAGCCGAGCGGAACCGAGAGGAGUAGAGCAGCUGAUGAAGGACAAAAGUGUUGACAGCAAUUUUGCUCAAAUGAAAUUAGUUGAUAAGUGCAUUAGAAAUUCAUGAAGGAAAGUGGAGCUGCA